AUCUGCUGCUAUAAGAAACGUCUGAGACAGUAUCAGGGGCGUCAUUUGCAGACCAACAUUGCUCUUUCGAUCUCAGAGGGAAACAAGCACGGACGAAGAGAAUGCCACAAUACGUCCUUACAUACUUUGCUGUGAGAGGGCGCGGUGAGACAAUCAGGGUGUUACUGGCUGACCAGGGUCAGGAAUGGAAAGAGAUUGACGUCACUUUUGAUAUGUGGAAGAAGGGAGACCUUAAAGCAACAUGUGUAUUUGGCCAGUUGCCGAAAUUUGAAGAUGGUGGCUUCACACUUUACCAGUCCAAUGCCAUUCUGCGCUAUUUGGCGCGAGCCCAUGGACUUUAUGGAAAAGAUGACAAGCAGGCAGCUCUGAUUGAUAUGAUGAAUGACUCUUGUGAAGACAUCAGAUCAAAAUAUAUUAGAAUGAUAUACCAGGAUUAUGAAAAUGGUAAAGCCAAGUAUAUUGAGAACCUGCCUGCUGAUCUGUCUAAGUUUGAGAAGAUUCUGGCUGACAAUAAAGGAGGCUUUCUAGUAGGAGGCCAGAUUUCAUUUGCUGACUACAACCUCCUGGACCUGCUGCUAAAUCACCAGGUCCUGUCGCCUGGAUGUCUCGACUCGUUCCCGGCUCUCAAGAGUUAUGUGGCGCGUCUGUCUGCACGUCCCAAAAUUAAAGCGUUCCUCGAGUCUGAUGCACACAAGAGCCGUCCUAUCAACGGCAAUGGAAAACAGUGAAUGCCAUGUUAACAUGUAACCGUUGAAAAGCUUAACAGAGAGCUCAUUUCAUCCUAGAGUGUAGGCUUGCUUUUAAAAAAAAAAAAAAAAAAAGGGGCUGUAAAUGGUUACAUUUUUUUACUUUUUAUAAGUUUGUCCUUUGAUAGUACUAAUCUGCUGGUAAUUGUCACCAUAGCUAUUACUUUAUAUUUAAAAACCUAUUAUCUUACAGGUAAUCCAUAUAAAUGUAAUAACAUUCAAAUUAAGUUUUAUAAAUGGUAAUCAAUGCUUUUAUAUUUUAAAUAACUACAUGUUUCUGUACAUGCAAUUGGUGCUGCUUGGGAUACUCCUACAGUAACGUUGGACAAUAAUGCCAUUUUCUGUUGGUGCUUUAACGGCUGUCAAUUAGCAUGAUAAACAUAAUUAUCAGCUGAAUAAAGUAUAUUACAUUUCUUCUAA